AUGUUAUUUGAUAGUAACCUUCCUUCGGACUUAAUAUUUUCUCAAAAUCCUUCCUGUGAUUGUCAAGGCACCUGUACUGAUCCCCUCAAAUGUAGCUGUCUUCUCCGUUCCAGUGGACAUAAUUACCUACCUACCUCUCGUAAAUUGCAACAUUCCUUCUCUGACUUUCUUCAUCGUCCCAUCUACGAAUGUAAUGCGGACUGUUCCUGCUCUGUGUCAUGUUCAAAUCGCCUAGUACAAAAUAAAAUAGACGACUUCAGCUUACUUAAACAAGUCGAUGCUUGUGGUAAAGGUUUGGGAGUUUGUGCGUCCAGAAAUAUCGAAGCUGGUGAGUUUGUUUGCAUCUAUAAGGGACUUUACAUAAAUUCUGCUGACUCAGCUAGGAUUUCUCUCAAGCAUUCCUCUGAAAGUGGGCAUGUUUACGUUCUCCAAGUACGCGAAUUCGCUGGAGAUUCGAGAGAUGCUUGUAUGGUGUUUGAGACAGUUGUGGACGGAGCAUGUGAUGGUUAUGGUGAUUCUCUUCCAAUAUCCAGUCUGAUUAAUCACUCGUGUAAUCCGAAUCUAACCGUGAUUCCUGUUAGGGUGGAUUCCCUACUUCCCAUUCUCGCUUUUUUUGCCAAAAGGAACAUUCCGAUGGAAGAGGAGGUAGCUUAUGACUAUGGAGAAUGGUCUAGCGGAAGUUUGUCGGCCAAACCGUGUCUCUGUGGUGCUGAAACUUGUCGUGGAUUUCUCCCUAGUCAUGAUGCUUGA